AAGCCCACAGUGAAGUUUCUAGCCGUGCAAGUUUAGCUGAUCAUCGCAUCAGAUGGAAGCUGGUGGAGGAAUCAGCUGUGAAUGAAUUGAAUGCACCUAAUAAUAAUAAAUCAUCGUCCUCACUUUCCUCUCCUAGUAUAAAUAGACCCUUUGUGUUUGCCCUCACCUCCCAUGCCUCCUCUCUCUUGCUUGCAGCUAAUUACUGUAGUUGCUAAUUGCUAUAGCUAGCUGGAGAACGAAUUCUACUUGCUCUCCUCGAUCCUCGAACCACCACCUAGCUAGCUAGCUAUACCAUAUUAGCUUUAACUUCCCAGUUCCACCGCAGCUUCAAAUCAUAAUGGCAGUCCUCACUGUCCAUCACUUAGCUUUUGCCUUUGGCCUUCUUGGAAAUAUUGUGUCAUUCAUGGUGUAUUUGGCCCCAGUGCCAACCUUCUACAGGAUAUUCAAGAAGAAAUCAACAGAAGGAUUUCAGUCAAUACCAUACUCGGUGGCACUGUUCAGUGCAACUUUGACACUCUACUAUGGUCUGCUGAAGCCCAACGGGUUCAUGCUGGUCACCAUCAAUACCAUAGGGUGUGCCAUCGAGGGCACCUACCUAACAAUGUACAUGAUCUUUGCACCCAAGCCAACCAAGAUCUCUACGGCAAAGUUGAUUUUCCUGUUCAACACCACGGUGUAUGGAUCGAUCGUAUUUUGCACAUACCAAUUCUCCCAAGGACCGCUCCGGAUUACGGUCGUCGGAUGGAUCUGCGCAGUCUUCUCCGUUUGUGUUUAUGCGGCUCCUCUUAGCAUCAUGAGGCAAGUUAUAAAGACGAAGAGCGUGGAGUACAUGCCAUUCCCACUUUCUUUUUUCUUGACACUCUGUGCUAGCAUGUGGUUCUUCUAUGGCCUUCUUAUAAAAGACUACUUCAUAGCAUUGCCAAACACUCUGGGAUUUUUGUUCGGAAUCUCUCAAAUGAUACUCUACUUCAUCUACAAGAACUCCCAAAAGGUGUUGUUGCCGGAGCACAAGCUGCAAGAGCUAGUCACCGCCAGCGACAUACUGAGCAAGCCGGCGGAGAUGGCAACGCCAGAGAUGGCGACAAUACCGGAAAGCGGUCGUGUCUCUGCCGACUCGAGUCGACCAGAGGAGGCUGCGGUGAACGACGGUGCCGGCAACAGACCCUUGAGUAAUACUACCGAGCCAAGUGAGGAGAAUGUGUGAUGAGGCUGGCUCAUACAUAUUGGACAAGCACACAGAGGGAGAAUAUACAGCUAGCUGAAGGAGAUGGAAAGGAAGAAGAGACAUAGGAGUUGAGUUUAUGAUCCUUCUCUGGUAAAGAGUAGAAAUUAAGCAGAGAGAUCCAUCGAUGGAGUCCUAGUAACAUAUAUCUAUGAUAUAUAUAAUAUGUUCUAUGUAUGUUUAUUAAUGUUCAUGUUGUUGCCGUAGUUUCUGUUUAAUUUCCAGUUAAUUAAUUACAUCUUAUGUACUAAUUAAUUGGAGUAUAAAUUAAAAAGGAGUCUUAAUUUUAGUUA